AUGGCGCCUACGGGAUUCCGCAAGAAAGUAGAGCCUAGCCCACCAGGCACGGCCCCGUCCACUCCAACCCCGAGUCAUGGGGAUCUAUCUCCCUCAAGCGGCAGACAACGUUCAACUUCGUCGCAGAAGGGAGGUUUUGGAGUGAAUCGGUAUCCCGGGACCUGGCCGGCCGGCUCCAGAGCUUCUAAAGCAGCGCCCGUUACCGAGGUUGCCCGCGAAAGCAUAUCAGCCAAGAAUGUACCCAAUGUCGCUUCCUCCUCAACCUCCCAUCUUCAUCUCGAUGACCAUCCGAAACAUAACCGCAAUCCUUCCCUUCAACUAACACGGCGACAAGGUGCGUCGAGCAGGUCUCUUCCCGCCAACGCGACGACAACUCGGGUCAACAUCGCGUCUGACGGCUCUACGUCUCACGGCUCUACAUCUACCCCGGCCGCGAACACCCCAUCAGACCUGGCUGCACAGCCCACGGAUAAGGAGCAACCAAGCGAUAAAGGUGAAAAGGUUGUGGACGACGCUGCAAAGGAACAACCGGAUAGCAUUACCGAAACGACAGCUCCGAACGCAUGUGACGAGAGUGCUGAAUCAGACAGCAAGACAGCAACCGCAAUACAAACUGGUGGAUGGUUCUCGUGGCUCUACAGAUCAUCACCGAGUGUGACAGACACGACCGGCGGCUCCCAGGCGACAGAAACUCCGGUAGAAAACCCACCACCAGAGCCGCCAACUACAGACCAGACGUUGAAGAAGGAUACCGUUGAAACAAAUAACCGAAUCCCUGACGAGCAAGCCACAACAAAACCGAAUACACCUGAAACUACACAAGUGACCGCGGCUCCUCAAAGACUUUCGUGGUUCCAAAUGUGGUACGGCUCGCCCUCUUCGUCAAAAGCGCCGGAGGAGCCUAAAAAGGAAGAAGAACCUGCCAAGGAUUUACCGCCCAGUAUAGCUGAAGAACCCGCCGAGGCUGCACAACAUGAUACGUCAGUGCCUGACGGAAGACCUGAAGAACAAAAUGAUUCGCCCAAACCACCUGCUCAGAAUUCUAGAUCGUCUGGCUGGUCGUUCUGGUUCCGGGACACUUCGAAGGAUGCCGCGCAAUCAAAGACUCAAGAUUUCGGAGCCAUCGAAACAUCAAUAAAUCAAGAUACGUCUUCUCAGCAGUCGAAGGGUGAGCAUAAAGCAGAGCCAGAACAAGAAGUGGAGAUCAAGAAAAAGGGAAGUACCAAGGUCAAGCCUCCUCAAAACAACGCCGGGCCUCCUAUCCUUCCCGAUAAAGUUGCAGCUCAGGUGGAACUCGCGGCCGAUGCUGUGCCCCCGAAGGCUCCUCAAACUGCUGCCUCGAGGGAUUUGCGAAAAAACAUACCCAACCAAGUUCUGCCACGUUUUCAAGACACAUUUUCUAUGCAAGAGUCACCAUCGUUACUACAGACACUUGGAAACUUCUUACAUUAUGGCAAGAAACAGCACAGCAAGCAUGCGUAUAGAAUUCGAGAUCCGCCUCGCAUCCGAAAGGCCUUGGCUAUUGGGGUACACGGAUACUUCCCUGCUCCACUGAUACGAAGCGUUCUUGGUCAACCAACAGGCACAUCUGUACGAUUCUCGACGAUGGCGGCGAAUGCCAUCAAAAAUUGGACUGAGAGCCGCGGAUACUCCUGCGAUAUUGAAAAGAUCGCACUCGAAGGCGAAGGCCGCAUUUCUGAACGGGUGGAUCUGCUGUGGAAACUGCUGUUGAACUGGAUGGAAGAAAUCAGAAGCGCAGAUUAUAUCAUGGUUGCAUGCCACAGUCAGGGAGUUCCGGUGUCUAUCAUGUUGGUUGCAAAAUUGAUCGCAUUUGGCUGUGUAAAUGCCUCGCGCGUUGGAAUAUGCGCCAUGGCCGGCGUCAACUUAGGACCGUUUCCGGACUAUAGAUCUCGAUGGAUUAGUGGAUCCGCUGGGGAACUUUUUGAGUUUGCGUUGCCUCACAGUCAGGUGUCUCAGGACUACGAAGCUGCAUUGAGAUGUGCACUUGACUUCGGGGUUCGAAUAUCCUAUAUUGGAAGCAUUGACGAUCAACUGGUAUCUCUUGAGUCAUCGCUCUUCUCGCCGGUAAAUCAUCCUUAUAUCUAUCGGGCUGUUUUCGUUGACGGUCGGGUCCAUGCUCCCAGCUUCCUUUCCCAUUUGGUUGGGUUCUCUCUCAAGCUACGAAACCUCGGGAUAGCAGACCAUGGCCUCAUUCGAGAACUGAGCGCACCGCUCGCGGGCAGUCUCUAUACUGGAGAGGGACAUUCUCGUCUUUACGAUGACGAGGCUGUUUAUUCUCUCGCCAUCGCAUUUGCUCUGGAGACGUCAGACGUCAGCAGCGCGACCCUACAAAUCAAGCGAACCCCAGGGUCGCCAGUAGCAAACCCGUAUAUCCUCCCGUUCGCCAUGCGUGGUCUUUUGGAAGAAGAACAUGUCAAGCGCGAGCUUUACGAGGAAACAAUGGAACUUUUGAAGCAAUUUGACGACUGGAAGCCAUCGAGCAAAGUACUGAAGGAUGUUAAGUUCCGGUUAGAGGGAAUUCGGUCGAAACUUUGA